UAUCAGUAUUUAUUAGGCGCCUACUGCGGACGGUUGGUCUUCACGCAGGGCAGGCGAGAAGAAGGGGUCGUGGUGCGCGGGCCGCUGCGGAGACCGGGAGGCCGCCGCGGAUCACGGGAAUUUGGCGCCUAUUUUUUGUUGGCUGGGUGUUCUCGCCGGUGAUUGGGCCCCGGCGAGGCGUGCUGGUGCGCUCGGCUGCGGCUGCUCCGUCGACCUUGGCAGACCCGGGCGGCGCAGGACUCACUCGGCUGGCCUCCCAGGGGAUGGGCCACCAGGAGUCUCCGCUGGCCCGGGCGCCGGCGGGAGGUGCAGCUUAUAUAAAGAGGUUAUGUAAAGGGCUCAGCUGGCGCGAACACGUGGAAAGCCAAGGGAGCCUAGGAGCCCAGGCCUCCCCAGCGAGCGCCGCGGCAGCAGCAGAAGCACCGGCCGCACGUCGGACUCGGGUCACCGCCUCCCGCGCAGCUCGGUCCCGGAGGCAGCCCCGGCGCGGAGCGGACCAUCCCCAGGCAGGGGCUCCGGGGGUGAAACGGACUGCCCGGAAGUGGAGGUGCGCGGGCCAGGUCACAAUCCAAGGUCCCGCUCCUCCGCGUCCCGGGGCCGGACGGAGGGAUGAGGCAGGGGGGGCCCGGGCAGCGCCGUUGCUGCUCCCCCCGCCGCCCGCAGCCAUGGAAACGGGGAAGGACGGCGCCCGUAGAGGUACACAAAGCCCGGAGCGGAAAAGGCGAAGCCCAGUGCCGCGGGCGCCCAGCACGAAGCUGAGGCCGGUGGCGGCGGCCCAGGCCAUGGAUCCGGUGGCGACCGAGGCCUACCUAGCGCGGCGACGGCCGGAGGGCGGCGGCGGGUCCGCGCGGCCGCGCUACAGUCUGUUGGCGGAGAUCGGGCGCGGCAGCUACGGCGUGGUUUACGAGGCAGUGGCAGGGCGCAGCGGGGCCCGAGUGGCGGUCAAGAAGAUCCGCUGCGACGCCCCCGAGAACGUGGAGCUAGCGCUGGCUGAAUUCUGGGCCCUCACCAGCCUCAAGCGGCGGCAUCAAAACGUCGUGCAGUUUGAGGAGUGCGUCCUGCAGCGCAACGGGCUAGCCCAGCGCAUGAGUCACGGCAAUAAGAGCUCGCAGCUUUACCUGCGCCUGGUGGAGACCUCACUGAAAGGGGAAAGGAUCCUGGGUUAUGCUGAGGAGCCCUGCUAUCUCUGGUUUGUCAUGGAGUUCUGUGAAGGUGGAGACCUGAAUCAGUAUGUCUUGUCCCGGAGGCCAGACCCAGCCACCAACAAAAGUUUCAUGCUACAGCUCACAAGCGCCAUUGCCUUCUUGCACAAAAACCAUAUUGUGCACAGGGACCUAAAGCCGGACAACAUCCUCAUCACAGAGCGGUCUGGCACCCCCAUCCUCAAGGUGGCCGACUUUGGACUAAGCAAGGUCUGCGCUGGUCUGGCACCCCGAGGCAAAGAGGGCAAUCAAGACAACAAAAAUGUGAAUGUGAAUAAGUACUGGCUGUCCUCAGCCUGCGGCUCAGACUUCUACAUGGCUCCUGAAGUCUGGGAGGGACACUACACAGCCAAGGCGGACAUCUUCGCCCUGGGCAUUAUCAUCUGGGCAAUGAUAGAAAGAAUCACUUUUAUUGACUCUGAGACCAAGAAGGAGCUCCUGGGGACCUACAUUAAACAGGGGACUGAGAUCGUCCCUGUUGGUGAGGCGCUGCUAGAAAACCCAAAGAUGGAGUUGCACAUCCCCCAGAAACGCAGGACUUCCAUGUCUGAGGGGAUCAAGCAGCUCUUGAAAGAUAUGUUAGCUGCUAACCCACAGGACCGGCCUGAUGCCUUUGAACUUGAAACCAGAAUGGACCAGGUCACAUGUGCUGCUUAAAAUUCAGGGCUAAGCAUUUUGGGUGAUUUUAAACAAGGUCGAUCCCUCGGGACCCACAGUCUCACCACGUCUCCUACAGAGGACGGCAGAGGGUACAGGUGGUGGCUUGGCCGGUUGGCGCUCUCCUGACAGCUGGAUCUCCGGCAAUGUGAAGCUUUUGUUUGGCUUACCCCCUUUUCCUUUUAGUUUUGCUUAAUUUUUCUUCUCCUUCUUUUUUUUGGUCUUUUCUUUUUAAUUUAAACCAUUGAGACUUCAGAAGAACAGGAAGCAAUGCUGUGGUGUGGACAGGCACCAGUUUCUUUGAAGAAAUUCAGUAUGGAUAAGGCAUAUGCAUAAAUUUCACUUUUAAUUUGUAUAAGGGGUUAGGGAGCUAUUUUCAGUUUUGUCCUUCACUUUCCCUCUGUCUUCCUUCUUUAUGUUUCUCUCAGUUCUACUUAUGACACCUCACUUCCCCAGGGAAGGCCUGCCUCCCCACAGGGAAUCUGGGGAUUUCUCCUGGAACGGGGCAUGAGGACAUAAGGAGGCCUCUGGGCCACACCUCCCUACCAGAUGCAGGAACUCCUGGACUCCUUGGUGGGCUAGCCCUUGCUAGCCUUGGGCCUGAGAGAGAAUCAAAAGCGAAGAACCACCUGGAAGAGGAAGACCAGGGUUUGGCCAGAACUAAAAAGGUCUCAACUCUGGGCUUUGUUCUCUUUAAGCUAUUGGGAGCCCCAGGCCACACCAGGACUUAGAGCGGUGGGAAUCCAUUUCUCUUCCACCCUGUGUUGCAGGGAACUGGGAGGGAAGGGUGGAGAGUGACCGUCUCGCACUUGCUGGUGGUCGAGCGGCCAUCCCCCCACUCUGUAAACCUGCCUUUCUGUUGGGAAAAACUGUUGUGCCAAACUCUGGGACACAGCUGGGUCUUCAGCAGGCUUCUGUCACUGCUGUGAGGUCAGCACCCCUCACCUAACUGCCUCCUGGAUCGCCAUCUCCCUAGAUGUGUCCCGUAGUGUCCACGUGUCACAGAGACGGCCUGAGGCCAUUAGAUCUGGUUGCGACUUUGUCAUGAUAACAGGGUGUCCUGAACUGGCUGCCAUUGUGGUGUCCUCACAGUGCAGGGCGUGCCCUGUGUGCUGGGGUCCAUGGUGUCGUAUCAAGCGCCAUUCCCCUCACCCCCAGAGACUGUUAGGUGCCUGUCCUCAGCGUAGACAUAUCUGAUGUGAAAAUAGCAGACCUGCCCAGAGCAGGAAGUGUGGGGCUGGGUAGACCCGCUGCAGCGUUACGGUCCCAUUUGUGGGCUCACCACCUGCAGCUGCCACUGCCACCGCCGCCGCUGCCUGUCGCAGCCAUGCUUGCACUCUCUCCAGCAACCCUCUCACACCUCCCUAGGGAAGCCUCCCCGCCCCUGGGCUGCUUCUCUGAACCCAUCUGUUCUCCCGCUGCAAGAAGGGGCCCCGUGUUGUCCCUCUGGACUGGACGGGACUGGCCACUCCGAAGACUUUUCACCCCAUUAUGGCCAAGUAGUAUAGGGUCCCUGGGGAGGAGCAAGGGAAUCCCUUUGUGUUCGUUUUUGUAUUUUGUUUUACCUUAACCAGCAUUGGAUGGAUAGGGGAGAGGGUUGGAGGGCAUUUCAGUUUCUGUGUGACCAAGGCAGGGGCUUUUACUUGCUAAGCAGCAAUCUUUUGGCCCUGAGAAUUUGGGAGAGAGCAGUGCAUCAGGCCAGGCUUGGCAAUAUGUUUGCACACAUUCUUUCAGCCUUCUCUCAACCCCCUCAACACCAAGCUUUCUUCCUUCUUGUGGACGGAGAGUUGGCUGCUGUUAGCAGGAUCCCAUGGUGAUAACCAGGCCCUUCCUUUCCCGGGCUGAAACCCAUUGUGACUGCCUGUCUCUCCUGUCUCCGACUUCUCAGGCAGUCUCCUGAGUGCACUGAGUUGUAGCCAAGAGGUUGGGAACAGUGGCAUCCCCUAAUUGCAGUGCACCUACCUUCUCUGCCCGCCACCCUGCCCUCCCUUGGGGGCAGCUGUCUCUGUACAUGAGCAAAUGGGAAAAACAGUCCCCAAACCCAGCACCCCCCUCUCCCUGGCUGCAGCCCAUGCUGUAACAUCCCUAAUGAGCUCCAGCCUAACGAGCCCCUUGCUUUCUUUUUCUUCCCUACCCAGGUCUCGGAGCUCCAACUAAAUAAGUUCUUGGAGCCAUCGUGCUUCCCCAUUGUUAUUUUUCUUGCUCUCAGAGUAUCCCCUGUAGGUGACAAGUGGGCAGCCUGGUAGGAGUCGCCAGCCUCCAUGCCCCCUUACCUUCCAGGACUCCCAGCCAGUUCUUGCUUAGUGGCACGACCUCUUUCCGUAGUGCAAAUGCAGGCCAGCUCUUUAGCCCCAAGUGCCUGCCCCCCCCCUCCCUCCCCUGCUUUCUCAAACACUUGCCCACCUCAGGCACACAGUUCUCAGUAGAUGUGGGCCCUGCCAUGGUGAGAACUGGCUGUGGCUCAGCCCCGAGUAGCACCUGUAGUCUCAGUGCCACUCCACUGUCCCCGUGUGGAUCAACUUCUCACUGUCACGUCCCCCCUCCUGCCUCUUCACUGGGUCUCAGGCUGCUGGCAGCUCUCUGGUGCAUCAUCUCAGCACCACCAAGUUUAUAGGACCUGCCCAAGUUCUAGGAGUUUUCAAACCUUAAAACGGCAGUCAUUCGUUCUCCUUGGCUCUGUGGCAAGGAUAGCCCACUGGAGGGGGCUCUUGACCUCGGCUGUUAGGGAUCUGAGCUUGGGUUUCCCAUCAGAAGAAUCAGCAGGACAGAUUGUAGUGCCUUAUUCCAUUGUCCUCUCCUGACCAGGCUCCUGGCUCAGCUGGAAGUGCGUGGCUUCUUUCUCCCUGUCUGUGUCCUCUGUCACUUGCUCUUUCACCAGCUCUCAUUCCCAGUGAGCCAUCGGGGAGGGAUCACCCCCUCACCUCCCACACCCUCCUUCUGAGGGCUCUAGCCAGGUCUGCAGCUCCCCACCAUCACCAGGGCACUCACUUGCGGCUACAGCCCAGGACAGAAAAACUGUGCUUUGGACAGGUGCGCACACUGCCUCUUACCUCUAGCCAGGAGGAUGCUUCAGUCUGUUCAUUCGAGACUGGCCCCAUCUGAACCCUUUCUGGGCACUGGGGACUAAGGUUGCAGGCCUUAGCCUCGUCUCAUCCCAGAGGCAUUGGGUCAGGAGAAUGAGAACUUUUUUUCCUCCCACCUGGACAUAGUUUGCCCCUAUGGCAGCCUUUCUGAGGGAGUAUAUUAAAUGUUUACUUAAGAAACACCCUGUUUACAGCCAGAGGACAAACACACCCAGCACUGGGUGGAGAUUUGACUCUGGACAGGGCCUGGCCUCCUUGGUGGCACUGCCGGGGGAGGCCCCAGAGCGAAUGAGGGCAGAGAUGCCCAGGGCAGGGGCGAACACCCUCCGCUCCCUCUGCUCCCGACCCUGUGGUGCUAGGACCACUCCCCACCUUCCUCACGGCCUCCUCGCCCUGCACAUUCCCCGCCUCCACAUUCCCUUCCUCCAGGAUCUCAGCUCCUUAACAUAUCAGUUGUCUUCUAGCCUAGAAAACCAGUGUUUGGAGCAAUAAGAUGAUUGUUUUUGCUUGAAUCUUUUUCUAAGAGAAGGAAAAGAGCUGGCACUGUGGGAAUUUUCUUUCUUUUUAUGCCGUUGGCUGUUUACCUUCUUAGAAGACAUCUUAAUACAUGAAUGUCUGGGAUUUAGCCUUGGGGUAUCUUUUGGAAACUUAGAAAAGCAGAAGUCAGCUUGCCACCCCCUAAGGAGGGACCCUAACUUUCUGCCCUUCCCUGGAUCCGUAUGGCUCCUUUCAGUCCUGCCCACCAAGUGCAGCUCCCGCUCUCCAUCCUGCCCAUGCGCCCCUCCUUCCCACAUCUGGGGCCAUUGGUGGCUCUUAGGCUAGGUGGGUCUCAGAGUGUCCCUCCCCUCGACUGGUUUUCCCUCCUAGGCCUGUAGGACAUAGCUCCUGGGAGUCUUCUCGGCCCUGGCAACCUUGGAAAAGCUAAGCUGGCAUUUUUUAGCUCUUUAGGCCACUGGGUUUUGGAGGCAGAAAUCCAGAGAUAACUGGCUCUGCCAGCCUCUCAUACUGGGCUGUGGCACAGCCUUCGAGACAACACAGGUGCAUCUCUGAUCCUGCCCUACUUGGGCUUUGAGGGCUUCUGUCUGGAGAAAUGCCCUCAGAGGGUAACCACUAGGUGUGGCAAAGAAUUGGCCAGUGUUAGCAUCUACAGCCAUCACCGAGAGAGGAGUCCGCUGCCGUCGCCUGCCUAAGGUUGCAGAGGGCAUCAGCAAGGAGGCCACCCUGGUGGUUCUCUAGGACAGGCCACAGGAGGAAGGGAGCCUCUUCAGGGGCACUGGAAUCUUUUGUGCCAGGGGCUUCUUUUCAUCAGAGCCAGGGAGUACAUUUCAGUGACUUCUGAAACAUUGGUGUGGGAUAGGCAUGAGCAUGAGGGAGGUUUUAAGCCAGGCACAAAGUUAGUUUCAAAUACUAGUUAAUGAAUCUAUUUUUCUUCAUUUCCUUUUUUUGCACAGAAGCUGGUAAUCUAGGACCUACGUGUGAACAACUUUAUAUGAAUAUUUUUUGUACUUGGUUUACUUGGGUUGGUAUGAUACAUUAUAUUUAAGUUCCUUGAACACUGUGGAUCCCCCUAAUGUGUAUGAAUGACUGAGGCUUUGUAAAUUAAGGGACGUUUGUGUGAAUAAAGUUAUUUGAUGGGGUCAAAGAAGCCAUAUGUGAUUU